CUAGAUGAUUGCUCUGUACAUGAGAUAGUACAAAAUAGUUGUUAAUAACUGUUUUCUACAUUAUUACGACUACAUUCAGGACUUGUCUUGAUGGUGGAAUGCAAAGUUCUGAAAAAUCAGAUUUAUCGAAGCAGGUCGAUAAGGAAAGCCAAGCAGUUCUCGAUUUUCAAAUGGCAGAUAAAAACUUACACACACACAAUUGAAAAUAUUAUUUUAACAUUACCCAAUAUAUUAUGAAAUAGAAAUCUCGCAGAAAAAACAAACCAAACGAAACAGUCAAAUUACAAAUAAUAGUUUUUAUUGAAUAUAAAAUACUGAACACUGAUGCACAAAAAUGGAACCGUACGAUGUGUUCAACAAAUUGCAGAACUGCCAAAACGAUAUACCGAUUUUCCGAAAAUUGAUAAGUACUGCGCGCUUGCACGAUUCGACGGGCGAAAGCGUCAAAGAAUGGCAAACAAUUCUAGCACACAUUAUAAAGAUAAUUAGUAACAAUUCCGAAUUGGGGAAUGAACGCAUUCUUUUAGCGUGCCAUGCAUUCUACGCGUUACUUCCGACGCAAUACGACUCGCACGCUCUCAAAGACAUCAUAAUUGGUUUCCAAAAACUGGAUUCGUGCAAUUUAUGUUUCCUCGAGAAGCAAUACACCGUUUCCGAUCUCGAGCUCUUCAAGUUACUAAAUGCUUAUGGAUAUCUGCAAGUGAAUCGGAAAGAUGUUCUUGAAACGUGCUUCGAAUAUGACGCUCUCUUAAUUAUGUUUGAUGUAAUAUAUAGAAAUUGUAUGAAAUAUACGAGAUACACUUAUUUCGCGUAUAGAGUAUUGUCCGUGUGGUUGAAGAGAUUAAGGAAUACGACGGACACGCGCUUUUGGGACAAACAGAAUUGUAUUUUAGAACAAAAGUUGGAAGCAAUUAUAUUCUCUAAUUGGUCCAAUGUGCUUAAUAAUUUAUGCAAGCAGAACGCAGAAAUUUUCAACAUGUAUCUCCGGAUAAUGUUACAGAAACAUAAAAAACCGUUCAUAGAUAAUGUAUAUCAGAUAUGUCUUCAAGACAUGUCGUGGCAAAACGAAACAAAAUACAUCAUUCUAACGGAAAUUUUACAAGUACAUGAUAUUAAAGUCCAAACUAUACAGUGUUUUUUAUUUGAAUUAUGCAAUAGUUUAACAAAAAUUUCUUUGCGUUGUGGCGGUACAAAGCUUUAUAUGACGAUUUUAAGGAAACUAAACGAGGCCGAAUGGAAGGAAAUGUUCGGGGAAGUUAUGAAAUUCAUUAUUGACCGCUGGGAAUCGGGAAAGCAUGUGGAUCACAACGCUCUUCAAUCGUUGUUUACAUAUUGGCUCGAACCGACUAUUGAAAUAUACAGAAACAUUUUGCUAUUCUUAUGGGAAUUGUGCAGUGAUACGCAGGGAUACUUUUUUCGUUCGCAUCUGCAAAGAAUGGCCGCUAAAAUACAUGUAGAACUGCCACAAACGCACGAAAUCGAUUGUUAUAUAGACAACAAAGAAGAAAUUAUACGAUUGAAUGCUUUUGCAGUGCUUUGUUAUCGCGCUGUCGAGCUGAUCAAUAUUAACGAAGCAGACCCAUUUCUUCUGAUAAAACAAUUUCUGUGGUUUAACGCCAAUACCGCAACGAUUCUUAUGAGAGAAGGAAUAAUAAAAUAUUUCAGAAUAUUGUGCUCGAACAUCUUGAAAGCGAUCAGCGUUAAAACCGAUUGUGUACUAUCUAUUUCUGAAUUUAUGAAUUGGCUGCACGAAUACUUCCUGGAUUGUUUCGAAAUUGGCUCGUGCUAUCAACGCAAAAUUCUCGCUUUAAAAUUAUAUGGGACCUUACUCUCUUUUACAAAUAAAAGUUUGCACAAGAACUACACCCGUCAUAAAAAAUGCCUUCACAAUAUUGUAGCGAUCGAUAAGUACUUGAAGACCACUGAUAGUUCAAGUAGGUUACUAAAAGGAAUCUUUCUUGGAGGUUUAAGGAAUCUUUGUAGGAGGUUUACCAAUAAGGAAUCUUUGUUCUUGUUAUUAAGACUCGUGCUAGAUUCUGCAAUUGAUGUUAGACAACUAGCUAGCACUCUCAUUCUGGAAUAUUUUGGAAAGGAUACUUUGUUAACUACAGAAAAACGCAUACUCUAUAAUUGUGCGUGGGAGCAUUGCAAUUCUUCGAAAUUCUACAAAAUUGAAAGCGGAGCAAUUCUCGUAAAGAUAAUUGCACAUUGGUUGCCUUUAAACAACAUUUCUAACGAGGUCUCUAAAAACGCAGCUGCGAUAUUUUCCGACAAUGAGCAUAAUAAUAUUCUCGUUUACUCGAGUUAUUCAGAAUUUCUAUUGAAUGAAGCUAAAUGUCAAUUGGCAGAGAUAAAAAGCGAUAUUUUAAAAGCCAUUGUCAAAAAUAGACCAUUUUAUGGUAUGUUGACCGCUUUAUUAGCAGUUGCUUUUCGCGGUGGCCCAGAAAAUUGGGUUUUAACACCACAAUUUACGGAGAAAAUGCUUAGUCUUUUGAAAGACGCUGUUGAGUUCUUUUUAUCCACGUUUUCUAUCAAAGCAUCAAAUACAGUUUAUUCCUCCUCGUUUGCGGAGAUGGGACUGGCUAUUGAUGAAAAGAUAAAAACCAGUGAAAUAGAAGAUUUUGAUUACGACGAAUUACAAUUGUCACCUGCACAUCAAGUACUUAUCUCGUGUAUCUGGAUGUCCUUAAAGAUAUCAUGUGAGAUCGCUAGUGAAAUUGGAAUGUUGAUACAGUCCAAUGCACAUGUAAAACGUUCCAUAGAUAUUAUUGUUAUGGUGCUACUGAAGUGUCGGCAUAAAGGCGUAGUAGAAUGUGCUGGUGUAACCAUUGCAAAUUUAUCCAAAUGUUUGUAUAACGAAGAUAAGUACUCUGAGCUACCAAAAAUAUAUCUGACGUGUUUGUUAGAAGAAGAUACGAAAAAAUCGUUGCAUUUAACACGACGAGGUGCUGGAUUAUCAAUCAUGUUUCACAAAUUAGUCGUCAGUGAUAAUCGGAACAAUCGGCCUACAGUGCAUUUUGCAGUGGAAACAUUAUUGCACUCGUUGAAAAACAUCUCAGUGACAAUUGUUAGAAAUGUCGAGACCGGAGAAGACUCACCAUGGGCGAAACGUCUGCAUUUCCUGCGUGCAUUAGUAGCUGACAAGGAAAUCCACGCGCAAUUAGUUCCAUAUAUGGAGGAUAUUUGUUUAACGUGUUUCAAAUACAUGGAAUCCGAUGUUUGGACUGUAAGGAAUGCGAGCUUGCAAUUGUACGGCGCAGUGGUGCCGAGAUUGGUGGGACAAUGUACCAGGAAAGGUGAUGAGGCAUUUGAUUUUGGCGAUGGUUACUCCGUCAAUCACUUCGUCACGCACUAUCCGAUGUUAACGAGUCAUAUGUGGGCACAGCUUCGAGAUGUCUCGAAAAUACGCGGAACUUCAAACACGGCGUUGCGAUCCUAUUCUAACGUCGUACACACGCUUAUAGUUUUGUCAAAGCUGUCGACGAGCGGCUGCGAUCUUGUCGAUUAUCCCGCGAGGAUAUUCGCAACAAAAUUCAAACAUUUGUUGCUCACUUUUCUCGGUAAUCCAAUGAUACACGUCAGACAAUUAGCUGCGAAAGCGUAUACGGCUCUCACGCCUUUCAAUAAAACCAAUUCGGAGAUAAAAGCGAUCAGACAGAAGAUUCUUUCAAGUCAUGACAAUAAUAUGUCGCACGGAUGUUUAUUAACUUGUAAAUAUUUAAGAGAAAAGUUUAUUCACAAUACACGUAAUCUCGUACACGAGAUAAAAGAAGACUAUGGCAAAGUUUAUUGGACUGGAAAUCUAGGAAAUAGUCGAUACUUCAACAUAAUAGAGACGUGGAAUAAUAUGCGCGUACAUAAAAAAGUUGCACAACCGUGUUAUAUUUUGGAAACAUUAUUUCUACAGGAAGCAUCCUCUCAUACGCACUUCACAGAUACAUUAUCUUUCCAUUACAAUUUACCAAUAACUGAAUGUAUAGUAUCGUCGCAGAAAAUCCAACCAGGAUUUUUUCAAUUCGUUGGAUAUUGUGAGCAGCUACUCGUGGCAUAUUUUAAAACAUUUGGAUCAAAAUUUGAUGAUUUCGAACAAACAGCGAUACGCAAUAUUCUGAACUCGAGUUGCACCGAACAAGGCAUCGAAUUUUUAAAAAGUCUGUCACAUUGCGCCCCUUUGUUGGAAUUUAUACUCAAGUAUUUGACAUCGAUAAGAAACAAUUAUCAUCAAUUACUUCUCGAGGAAAUAAUAACGUUUACAUUGAGAACUAUAAGACAUGCUAGUUUGGAGACUAACAAACUGGAAUUUGAUGAGAUAAUAGAGAAGUUUAAUGAGGUAGAGAUAGCGGUCGCGAAUUCGAACAUAGCUCGCGUAAAGAAUUCAUUGAUCUUAGCAUUUUCUAAACGCGAAACGUUGAUAAACCAAGUACUGUUGCAUGUGUCCGAUAUAUGUAUGGAUGAGAAGCAGUCCGUGCGGUUGAUGGCGGCAGAAUACCUCGAGCUCGUCUUGCAUCGUUUCGCACAGCUGCAGGACGGCAAUAAAUUAAUAAUUAUGCGAUGCUGUUUGAUUCUGCUGAAGGACGAGAUCACCGAAAUACGUGAGAUUAUGUCGACAUUAUUGCAAAUGCAUGUAUUCCGCAAAUGUAUCGGUACCGCCUCGCGUCGAUUGCAACACGAAGAAAUAGUGUACCAACGAUUUUUAUUAGAUGUUAUUCGUAAUCAUAUUGCCGAUAAUAGCGUAGAGUUUAUACAAUAUUUCACACAUGCCAUCCAAGACGGCGAUUCUAACGUGACGAUCGAAAAUCCGUUUCAUCAUAAUGAUAGUAUUUUCCAUAAGGAGGAAUCCAAGUUUUUAAAUAUAUGCUUCCUUCACGAUAGUACGGACGAUGAUCGCAACAGCCACGAAAAUUCUUCGGAUGUUGUACAUGCGAUAGAAGCGAAACGCUUCAGGAAAUUGCAGGAAAAAGCUGGCUUUAGCUAUGAUGAUUUACGAGUGAUUUUGUAUUUGAAAGAGAUUGAUUAUAUGGUGCAGAAGCGAGAUAUCAUUAUACAGCAGUGGAAAUAGUAUAAUU